AUGGUGAGGGGCGCGGGCCACUUUGCUGUUCUGGACGACGCCAACGCGCUGCAGCGCUUCGUGUGCACGCAGAGCGAGCCGCCCGUGCGCGACGCGAGCGUGCGCGCCCUGAGUCAGGGGGUCCUCAUCUCGCUCUGCGAGGCGGUGAUGCGGCCCGGCGGCGCAGACGUGCUCACCCUGCUGCGGCGGCGCUGCGGCGGCGCGGACGGCGGCGCGGACGCGUCGGCGUGGGUGCCGGCGGGCAUGGCAGGGCAGCAGCACCAGCAGCAGCAGCAGCAGCAGCAGCAGCAGCAGCAGUAUCACCAGCAGCAGCCGCACGGGGCCCAGCCGCCGACGUGGGCGACGCAGCGGCGGCCGCCGCCGGCGUACCUGCCCCCCGGCCCCCUGCCCCCGCCGACGCUGCAGCCCUGGGAGGCUGGCGGCGCGCUGCGGGGCCAGCUGGAGCGCGCGGUGGGGCAGCUGCGCUACCAGUGCUCUGUGCAGCAGGGGGCGCUGCUGGACAUGACCGUUCGCUUCAAGGGCUUUGGGGCGGACGCGCCGGGCGGCGGCAGAGGGUGA